AUGCAGCCGGCGGAGGAGGGGCCCAGCGGCCCCCGGAUCUACAGGCAGCGCGGCCCCUACAGCGUGCUCAAGACGUUCCCGGGCAAGAGGGCCGCGCUGGCCAAGCGCUACGACAGGCCCGCGCUGCUGGAGCUGCCGCCCGCGCGGCCCGCGCCGCCCCCGCCGCCCUUCGCGCCGCCCGCCGCCGUCCCCAUCAGCAGCAGCGACCCGUUCGCGGCGCAGAGCGCCUACCCCGCCGCGCCCGGCCGCGCCGCCGCGUCCUCGUCGUCGCCGUCCUGCACGCCCGCCGCGCCCCAGGGCCACCUGAGGACCCCCGCGCCGCCGCCCGCGUCCCCCGCCGCGUCCUCGUCCUCGUCCUUCGCCGCCGUCGUCAGGUACGGCCCGGGCCCGGCGGCCGCGGGCGGCAGCGGCGCGGGCGGCGACGGCCCGAGCCUGGAGCUCAGCGCAGAGAGUCGUAUGAUCCUGGAUGCCUUUGCCCAGCAGUGCAGUCGCGUUCUUAGCCUCUUAAACUGUGGAGGGAAACUUCUGGACUCCAGCCACGCCCACUCCAUGAUUUCUUGCGUGAAGCAGGAAGGCUCAAGUUACACUGAGAGACAGGAGCAGUGUCACCUUGGGAAGGGGGUCCACAGUCAGACCUCGGACAGUGUAGACGUAGAGAUGCAAUAUUUGCAAAGGAAACAACAAACUUCUGCCUUCUUGAGGGUUUUCACCGACUCUCUCCAAAACUACCUGCUCUCGGGGAGCUUUCCGACUCCGAACGCCCCGUCGGUCAGUGAGUACGGCCACCUGGCCGACGUGGAUCCUCUCUCAACCUCCCCUGUGCACACGCUCGGGGGCUGGACCUCCCCGGCGACAUCUGAGUCCCACGGCCACCCAUCCUCGUCUACACUGCCGGAAGAGGAGGAGGAGGAGGAGGAGGAAGGCUACUGUCCGCGAUGCCAAGAGCUGGAGCAGGAGGUUAUUUCGCUGCAACAAGAAAACGAAGAGCUCAGAAGGAAGCUGGAGAGCAUCCCAGUGCCCUGCCAGACGGUUCUAGAUUACUUGAAGACGGUACUUCAGCACCACAACCAGCUCCUGGUCCCGCAGCCCGCCGACCAGCCGACCGAGGGAAGCAAGCAGCUGCUGAACAACUAUCCCGUCUACAUAACGAGCAAACAGUGGGACGAGGCCGUAAAUUCUUCCAAGAAGGACGGAAGACGGCUCCUGCGAUACCUCAUCAGAUUUGUUUUCACGACCGAUGAGCUUAAGUACUCAUGCGGCCUUGGGAAAAGGAAAAGGUCAGUGCAGUCAGGAGAGACAGGUCCCGAAAGACGCCCUCUGGAUCCAGUUAAAGUAACAUGCCUCCGAGAAUUCAUUAGGAUGCACUGCACCUCCAACCCCGACUGGUGGAUGCCCUCGGAGGAGCAGAUAAACAAAGUGUUCAGCGACGCGGUGGGUCAUGCCCGGCAGGGGCGGGCGGUGGGGACCUUCCUUCACAACGGAGGCUCGUUUUACGACGGGAUCGAUCACCAGGCUGCGCAGGAUGAAGUCUUCAGUAAGGGUUCCCAGGAUGGAUCCGGGGAUUAG